AUGGCCAUCUCCGCAGCUCUUCACAAUGACAUUGAUACGACUUUCCAUGAAAUCUCGCCCAUGAGGAUCGGAGAGCGGGAAGACGAACUCUCUGCCGAAGAUCUGCAGCAAACGACCGAGCGAGUUCACAAGAUGCUGGACGCGGAAGCCGCCUUGGUUGGGGCCAGGAACGUGUACUUGGGGGGUGCUUCUCAAGGCUGUGGCACGGCUCUGCAUAUCGGGCUCACCUAUCCGGGCGAGCUGGGCGGCAUUGUUGGCACAAUGGGACACCUGCUCUCCUGUACGCCCAUCUCCCGCGACUGGCUGUCCAAGAAGAUCCCAGUUUACACGUUCAACGGCCUGGACGACGAGCUCAUGCGAUGGGACGUCUGGGUGAAGGCCACGUACGAGCGACUGGAAGCUGCCGGCGCGGAAGUCAAGAUGGUCGUCGAUGAAGGAGUCGACCACGGCGAGGAGGAAGACAAGUGGAUUCGGCGCUUUUUGACAGACGUGCUGAAGAGCACCGCGGGGAAGAAGCCGAAGAAGAAGGCAAAGUGA